AUGGUAAGAAUACCGAACUCUCACAAUUCUUACGCGGAAAUAAUCGGUUUCGAAAAGGUGAAAAGUCUAUUCUUACUAUUGAAAACACAGUUUUCAGGACUAAAAAACUGUCCCAUACUUCCAAAUAUCUCCAUGGUCUUGAAAAAGCAUUGCACGAAUAAUGGAAUCAAAAAUUCCAGCCAACGUGUGUUUAAUCGAUUGAAAAGAGUUAAACAUAUAUUCAAAAUGAUGAAUGGUCUACAAGAUAUUAAAUUCAUGUAUUAUAAUUGGCCUUGGGCUCUGUUUGAGAAGAAAAAUAACACAACACCAAUACUUUUGUCAAAAUAUGUAAAUCAAAACAUCGACUAA